AUGAUAUCUCCUGACUCUGUUUUACCUCAGCUGCAGUUCAGCUACAUCAUUAUAUCUCCUGACUCUGUUUUACCUCAGCUGCAGUUCAGCUACAUCAUUAUAUCUCCUGACUCUGUUUUACCUCAGCUGCAGUUCAGCUACAUCAUUAUAUCUCCUGACUCUGUUUUACCUCAGCUGCAGUUCAGCUACAUCAUCAUAUCUCCUGACUCUGUUUUACCUCAGCUACAGUUCAGCUACAUCAUCAUAUCUCCUGACUCUGUUUUACCUCAGCUACAGUUCAAGCUGCAUCAUGAUAUCUCCUGACUUCUGUUUUACACCUCAGCUGCAGUUCAGCUACAUCAUUAUAUCUCCUGACUCUGUUUUUACCUCAGCUGCAGUUCAGCUGCAUCAUUAUAUCUCCUGACUCUGUUUUACCUCAGCUGCAGUUCAGCUACAUCAUGAUAUCUCCUGCCUCUGUUUUACCUCAGCUGCAGUUCAGCUACAUCAUUAUAUCUCCUGACUCUGUUUUACCUCAGCUGCAGUUCAGCUGCAUCAUUAUAUCUCCUGACUCUGUUUUACUCAGCUGCAGUUCAGCUAACAUCAUUAUAUCUCCUGCCUCUGUUUUACCUCAGCUGCAGUUCAGCUACAUCAUUAUAUCUCCUGACUCUGUUUUAACCUCAGCUGCAGUUCAGCUACAUCAUUAUAUCUCUGACUCUGUUUUACCUCGCUGCAGUUUCAGCUGCGACUCAUGA